GGACCUUCAAUUCAAUAGCAACGGGUUGCUUCGAUGCUGCAAACAAAUAAACCGUCGCAGCUUAAUUCGGCAGGAGGGUCAGUCUGCAUUGGCUCGGAUGAGAGGACAGAAUAGCUUCGUGAGGGGCAGUCUUCUAUUCAGAAGUAUCCAACUCACUAUCCAUAAACUUAGACCAUCAUCGCUUCCGUCAUCCUCAUCUCUCUUCCCGGUGCACGUCCAUUUACGAGGAUAUAGUCUUGCUUCGAAGCGAAUCAUGACCCCCCGCGACCCGAACACCCUAGCCAAUUAUGGCGAAUGGGGCACCAAGCACACUACCGUUAACUUCAAGGUCAACUUUGAGAAGCAGCGAUUAGAAGGCUCGGUUCUUCUUGAGCUAGAGUCGCUGACAGACAAGGAGAGCCGUGAGAUCAUCCUUGACACAAACCACCUCUCCAUCUCAUCGGUUAAGCUUGAUUCCGCCAACUCGGAAUGGACAGUGAAGGACCGAGUUGAACCCUAUGGCGCACCACUGCAUGUCUCUGUGCCAAACGGAGUGGCUCAAGGAGAUGUUAUAAAGUUGGAUAUUGUUCUAGAGACCACUGAGGACUGUGUCGGUUUGCAAUGGAUGACACCCGCUCAAACUGGUAACAAGAAGCACCCAUAUGUAUACUCGCAAUGCCAGGCUAUCCUAGCCCGGUCUAUCUUCCCGUGUCAAGAUACGCCAGACGUUAAGUCAACAUUCUCCUUCAACAUUACCUCGCCUUUACCUGUAGUCGCGAGUGGAGUGCCCGUGCCCUCGGAUGUCAACGGAGAAGGCGACAAGCUGUUCCGCUUCGAGCAGAAGGUCCCUAUCCCAUCUUACCUGUUCGCACUAGCUUCAGGAGACCUCGCUACUGCGCGGAUUGGGAAGCGGUCUGUGGUUUCCACGGGACCGGAGGCUAUCGAGGGUGCGAAAUGGGAAUUCGAGGCGGACAUGGACAAAUUCCUGGAAGUGGCAGAGAAAUUGAUCUUUGAUUAUCAAUGGGGAGAGUACAAUGUAUUAGUGCUGCCCCCAAGCUUCGCUUACGGAGGGAUGGAAAACCCAAUUUUCACUUUUGCUACACCUACUAUCAUCAGCGGUGACCGCCAGAACGUCGACGUGAUUGCUCACGAGCUUAGCCAUAGCUGGAGUGGUAACCUCGUGGGUUGUGCGUCAUGGGAGCACUUCUGGCUGAAUGAAGGAUGGACUACCUACCUCGAACGCCGCAUCGGUGCUGCUAUUCAUGGCGAGCCUCAAUUUGAUUUUUCGGCCAUUAUCGGUUGGAAGGCUCUUGAGGACUCGGUUUCAGUAUUAGGGGCUGAUCACGAGUUCACCAAACUCAUUAUUAGCCAUAAAGGGGUAGACCCCGAGGAUGCCUUUAGUACAGUUCCUUAUGAGAAGGGAUUCCACUUUCUCUGGUACCUUGACCGAUUAGUUGGCCGAGAACAUUUCGACAAAUUCAUUCCACACUACUUCAAGACAUGGGCUAAUAAGUCACUGGACUCGUUUGAGUUCAAGAAGACAUUCCUGGAUUUCUUCGAGAGCUAUGGAAACUCGGAAAUCAAGGAGAAGAUUGCCCAGAUUCCGUGGGAAGAGAGGUUCUAUAACCCGGGCUUGCCGCCAAAGCCUGAAUUCAAUACGGCUUAUGUCGACAGCUGCCUUGCGCUUGCUGAAAAGUGGAAGAGCGAGGACUAUCAACCGAACCCCAAGGACAUCGAGUCAUUCACCGCGAACCAGACUCUUGUCUUUUUACAGGCCGUGCAGAAUUUCUCAAACCCUCUAAGCGCUGAGAGAUCUCGUCUUCUAGGAACCACUUACAAUAUCAGUUCAUCGAAGAAUGUCGAAUUGAAAUCCGCGUAUUAUGCCGUCGCCCUUAAAGCUAACGACAGACAAGAGUUCCCUGGCAUAGUUGAGCUUCUUGGCUCUGUUGGGCGCAUGAAGUUUGUGAAUCCGUUGUACAGGAAGCUCAACGCGCUGGAUAGAGACUUGGCCGUUAAGACGUUCGAGAAGAACAAGGACUUUUAUCCGUCGACUACGAAGGGGCAGAUACAGAGGAUUCUGGGUCUGAAGUAAAAGCCCUUUGAUAGUCUCUGACCAAUAUCAACUCUGACAAAAGUUAGUGAUUCAAGAGGUACCUAGACGUAGAAGAAUCAAAAUACGAGCUGACUAUGACUCGGUACAUAUUCUCUGUCGAAUUAAACAGGCUUUUACCGAUUAAUGUGAUUGAUGUGUGAUAUAAUAAUUAAAC